AUGUCAUCUCCUGAGUUCAACUCCGCAGCGUCGUUAUCCUCCUCUCCAUCCUCGCCAGUGGACCCUGUCACCGGUCAUGUUCCCACAGCUCCCACCCCAGCUUCCGGGUCUCCGGAUUCUUCUACUUCCUCCUCCACUGCUUCCUUGCCGGACUCAUUUGAAACAACUGGAGCCAUAGCAACAACUCAGCUGAUGGACUCUCAGGGAUCAACCCAGAAUGCUGAGACAACUAGACAUACUCUGCUAGAGUUUCUGCAGAAUGAACACCCUGAGACAGGGAAUAAUCAACAACAGCAAGGGCCGUACGCUACCAAUACAGGGGGGAACAGUGCUACGAGCCUUGAGCGAAAGAGGAGGCUCACUAGCGCUAGUGAUAUCACCUGUUACGCUCGCCCGGGAGCUGGUAGAGCCCCGGCAGAUCCUGGUUCGUCAGGACCUCGACCUAGCAGCUCUGUCACUCAGUCGUGGGAACGUUCCAGUCCAGUACUGCCGGGAAGCUCGAGGGAGAAUGCGAUUGAUCUCUCAGGGUCUCAAGAGUCAGUCUCGCGGCAGCUGAGCUCGUUGCGGGAUCGAGAAAAUAGCUUUGCAGAUUACGAGCUGCCCCGCUGGCAACCCGACUCUGAAGCUUCGAAAUGCCCUAUCUGUGGUACCCAGUUCAGUUUUUGGUAUAGAAAGCAUCACUGCAGGAAAUGCGGGCGUGUCGUUUGUGCUUCGUGUUCACCGCAUAGAAUCACCAUCCCACGCCAGUUCAUUGUUCGUCCGCCUGAAUCUGAUAGACAUCGUUCCACUCUUCUUCUGCCGAAUCCCUCUGAAGCUCAAGUUAUUAGCCUCAUUGAUAACGAUGAAGAGAGCUCGUCAGCAAAUGCCAGAACCCGUGGGCAGCAACGACGACAACAACAAAGAGAUCGACACUCUCCGAAUUCAGCCUUGGGAGGCGGAGAAGAAGUCCGUUUAUGUAAUCCUUGCGUCCCUGACCCAAACCCUGAGCCUCCCAGGCGCUAUACAAGCGCUGGCUCAUUGCUCUCAUCCUCCCUGACAUCCUGGCCGGGCGAUACGUCAGGGGCUUCUCAUGCACAUACACACCGUCAUUCUGCAUUGCCAGACUUCUAUCGUAACGGUGGUCCAUAUACACGUGGAACUAACCCAUUUCACCGACCGUCUGCAUCCCUAUCAUCGGCCGCCAAUAUGCAGCUUUCUCCGGCAGCUCGCGAGCUCCGAAGACAGCGGAGUCGCGGCAUGAUUUUCCAGCCCGAGACUCCUCAAAUUCAGCGAGUGGCAAGCCGGGAAGGGCUAUCCGAUGAAAACCUGCCGUCGUACGGAACAUUCGAUUACACCGUGCCCCCGAAUGUCCGAGGCAUGCCGCUGAGAUAUCAAUCAAUACAACAAGCGACUGGCGGCCUGCAUCCUAGCUACUCCCCGCCAACAUAUUUUUCACCAUCUGGUGCGGCAUUCCCGCAGAGCCCCCGGCAGCGUACCGGCCACUCCACAGCACGCUCCAUGCCAUCACACCACCGUGGACCAUCAAACGACUUUCUCCACAGCAUAAGCACUUCAUCUUCCAGCCGAAAUCGCCCCUUACCUCCUGGCCCGCCGCACCACCACCGCCACCUGAUUGACGAGAACGACAUUUGUCCUAUCUGUGGCCGCCUCCUCCCACCCCGCGCGGCAGAUGGCAGCGAAGCCGCGCGAGAAGCCCACGUUCGUGAGUGUAUACAAGGACACGAGAUCGGACAUGGACACGGACACCGACACGGACAUGGGCAUCCCACUAACGGGCGUACCAGCCGCACCGGUCGUCGCACGUCACAGUCCAAUUCCAAUGGUAAUGAUCACAAUGACCGCCCCUUACGGAUGUUGCCCUUUACAGCUACGGAGAAAGAUUGUGUUGGCGAGGAGGGCGUGCAGCAGGAAUGUACGAUUUGCAUGGAGGAGUAUGAAGUCGGGGACCACCUGGCACGGUUGGAGUGUCUGUUUAGCAAGUGUUUCGUCCAGCCCUGCGACAGCCAUCGGAGGAACACAACCACAGUCAUCAACUGGGCGAGCAAGGCUUCAGAGAAUGUCUAUCUUUCGCGAACGGACAGAUAUACGCUCUAUCCUCAGGUAUGCCUUGUGCCUGACGCUGCCAAGCGCUCAGUGUUCGCCAUAUUUUUGCCACCCAUCCAUCGGCCUCCAGUUGGUGUCAGAUCGCUGAGAUCGGUCAUUGAAAGCACCGUCUGCCGUGCGCUAUCGGGUGUCACCCACAUCGUCGAGAAAGCGCUCGCUCACGCGUGGCAGCCCCCCACCGCCCCGCACAUUCCACCAGGAAAAAAGGGGUUCGCGGUUCCACCCACAGUUGCUGAUUCCAUGGAUGCCAAUCCGCGAGUUCCUCUCCGUCAGUCUGCGCCCUCGCAGUCUUCAUCCACGCCCACCUCCGAUCUGAGCGCCCAGCAAACCCAUAAUAGUUACUACUACGAAAGCCCGAACCAGCAGUCUCCACACUCCGCAACCCUUGGCAGCGGGGCCCUCGACGAUGAUGAUAGCCGUGACCAUGAGCGGGACCACGGCAUCGGGCUCGGGCCCAGGACGGGUACAUAUACCGAAUCCAUCGCCGUGACAGAUAUCAACAACCCGAACAACCCGAACGACCCCUUGGCCGACCUGAAACGCCCACGGGCCUGCGAGGCCUGUCGACAGCUGAAGGUGCGCUGCGACCCGCACCCUGAAAGCCCGGAUGGCCCGUGCAAACGUUGUACGAAGGCGAAUCGCCGCUGCGUCGUUACAGUGCCGACGCGCAAGCGGCAGAAGAAGGCAGAUAGCCGUGUCGCGGAGCUGGAGCGGAAGAUUGAUGCACUGACCGCAAGUCUACAGGCGACCAGAGCGAGGAAUGGGAGUAGUGUUGGAGGCGGCGCUCCAGAGAGCUCUGCGUUACGGUCUGGGUCUGCGGCAGAGGACGUGCCCGCUGCCCACUGGAUGGGCGCACAACGACAAGGGAAUGAAAACAGACGGGCUACCACGGGAGGUUCUACAGCGGGCCUAGCUGGGAAUAAAAGAUUUGCCAGCGGGGAGUUUAAACCUAGGCUCGGGGCUGGGGUCCUGGUGCCGCUGGCUGCCAGGCCUCACAGCCCGACGACAGAGAGCUCGUCGACCUUCUAUGAUGGGUCGAAUCAUGGUGGUGACGGGAAUGGUCCCGAUUCAUGGGCUCCGCUAUUGCCUCCCAUCGACCGAGCGCCCAAAGCUCGCUACGAUUAUGAAUACACAGACGUCAUUGAUCGAGGGGUGGUGGAUACGGAAAUGGCUCUCAAGUGUUUCAACCGCUACGUGAACGAGAUGUCUCCGUUACUUCCAUUCAUCGUCUUCCCCCCGGAAACUACCAUGGCCGAGGUGCGUCGGACGAAACCCAUCCUCUUAUUAGCUAUCCUGGCCGUAUCAAUUGGCAUUUUCAACGCUGAGCUGCAAGUUACCCUGUUGAACGAGGUCUUCCGCCUCUUUGCAGAUCAUGUAAUUGUCAGGGGAUCGAAAUCUCUCGAAUUGGUGCAGGCAAUUGUGGUAUCGAUGAUAUGGUAUAGGCCGCCGGAGCAUUACGAGGAAAUGAAGUUUUACCAGCUCAUACACAUUGCGACGACGAUGGCGAUGGAUCUAGGCAUGAACAGGAGAACCAAGUCAACGGCUAAGUCAAAGUCAAAGGGCAUGUGGAGGGAACUUAUGGGCAAGAAAACUGUCAUGGUUGAGCCUGAUGCACCGGAGACUAGGAGAGCGUGGCUGGGGUGCUAUUUUAUGUGUGUUAACGUUGCAAUGUCCCUUCGGCGAUCCCUUCUCACGCUUCAAUGGGUGAAACUGGCUCACCUUGGCGAAGAGGUCCUGUUCCAGUUUUCAAUGGAUGAUCCCGUCACGAAUGUUGACAUAACGGACCCCAAAAGUCAGUAUGCUUUAAAGGGAUUCGAAAGACGGUUGGCGGAAUGGCGAAAAGAGGUUCCGCCUGAGUGCUAUUCUCCUAUCAUGCACCACUACGAGCUCAUUCUCAACGUCUACAUGCAUGAAAUCGGCAUGCACGCUGACCACAAUAUCGACGAUUUCAAGCCUCCUUUUUUAAAUAGCCUUAGCACCGAAAAUCCGAUCGACUUGGGAACCCCCGCCCAUGUCGACGCACUAACCGUCUGUCUCACGUCCAUCCAUGACGCAUUUGAGACGUUUAUCUCCCUCGAUUAUUUAACUAUCCAAUCUAUCCCCACCAUCCACUUUGUCCGUACAGCAUACGCCUCCGUCGCUCUUAUCAAACUACAUACCGCCGCGUCGUAUCCUGCCACUCGAUUGGGUCAAGUAUUCAAUCCAACAGACUUCAAGAUUGAAUACUUCCUCACCAAGAUCAUUGCGCAAUUGAAGGACUCUGGGGAUCGCAUUUCCGGACGGGUAACAUCCAGAUUCGCCCUGAUGCUGGGGAUGUUAAAGACGUGGUUUAUUAAGAGGAAGGAAGGAAAGCCAAUUACGGGUAGUGGUCCCCCGUACAACUUUUUCCAGCCGAAAGAUAUUCGGGCGUAUUUGGCACCGGAGCCACGGGAAUCGGAAUCACAGAGCACGAAGCAGAAUCAGGAUACUAGUAACUCAGAACCAACACCCUUACAUCUCCAGACUCACACAACCGUGGAUGGUCCAGAGACCCAACACUCCCACCACAGCCCUUCAAACUUAUCCCCUCAGAAUAUCCGCACCGAUGCACAUCCCACUUCUCUCCCGAACCACCAACCAUCAACCGCCACUUCCGACGCUGCUAGUAACACAGUCUCCCAGAGUGAUCACUGGACCCCCUUCCCGCCCUCCGCGGGCAUGGGUAUUUUCCCCACAGCGCCAAACCUACCUUUAUCGUCCCAGGGCCUAUCCCAUAACCAGAACCCCCAGAAUCCGACUCAGGGUUACGUUCCCGCGGACCCAGGUGGGAUUGGAAAUCCACAGCAUGCGGAAAUGGAUCCUCAACAGGCCUUUAUGUCGAACCAGAAUAUGCAAUUCAUGUUCCAGCCCGACGAACUUGCUGUUCUGGGAAAUAUUUGGGAUGAUAUUUUUUUUACUUUCCCAUUGGACGAGACCGGCCAGCCGUGGUGA